GAGGAAUAAUCUGCAUAAUUCACAAUCACUCAUGUUUUCUUGUUCGAUCGACUACAUUUGCCGCAAUGUUAAGUUAUUUUUCUUUUCAAAUUAGACUGGAAAAAAGAGAAAUAGAUUACAACAACUUGAAAUAGCACGCUUAAUGAUGACGUCACCAUUUGGAGAAUAUAUUUAUUAUCGCUUGUUCGAUCUAUCUUAAUUCCCAAGAAAGGUUCAGAAGUAGAAAUCACAAACGAGAAAUGACGUUCCAUUGUGCUUCCCGAUUAACGGAAUAACAAAUUCUUCAGAGCAGAGUUGGUGAAGUGUAAGUCUAUAUUCGUGAAUUGUAUACUAGCUGUUGCUUAUCACUGCGCAUAAUUAUGCAAAUUUGACUCUUAUUUUAUAGCUCAUAUUCUCAGAUCCAACAUACAUUAGAUUUUUUCCGUCUACAUAUCUAAGAGAGGCAAGCUUAUUCGAAUAUUCCCGGGAGAGAACAGUUCAAGUUAACGAUUUAUCUCAUAUAUAUUCAACGUCGUAUAUCAAGUGCGGUGGAAAAUUAUUGUAUCUUGGAUUUCGAAUAAAAUUUUAGAAUGGCGACCGAGAAACAAGGUUCGCUACAGACGAUCUUUAGUAGAAUUCCUUCAAUGAGGGAAAGGAACCGCCGUAGCAGUAUGGGACAACAUUCGGGAGCAAGUGCCCUGCAUGAAGCUAUAGCUAAAGGUAAGCUUCAUCUAAGCCGGUUUAUUAUCGAAGCAACAGAGGAACGCACACUUGUAAAUGUCAAAGACAGCUACGGCAAAACGCCUUUAAUACGUGCGUGCAAGCACGUUGAUCGUAACACGCGAAUACGUGCCAUGGAGUUGCUCAUAAAACACGGUGCUGAUGUUAAUUUAAAGGACAAUGUCGGACGCACGGCGUUGAGUUAUGCUUGUCACCUGAAAUAUAACGAUGCAGUUGCAUUACUGGUGAAAAACAACGUCGACCCGAAUAUCGAGGAUAAUAGCAGUAACACUCCGCUUAUGUAUUGCGCCAAGUGUGGCAACGUUGGGGCCAUAGAAACUAUCAUACGGUCUUUCAAACGAUUAGGUCUUGACGUUGAUCACAUUAACGAAGAGGGGUUAACACCUUUAAUGGAAGCUGCGAGAAAUGGAUACACCGAAUGUAUAAAAAUUCUUAUUCAAAAUGGAAAGGCUUCGCUAGUCUUGCGUGACUCAUUUCGGAAUCUGAACGCAGAGGAGUGGGCGCAGGAAAAUGGAUGCAAUCCAGAAACAAUGGCGAUUUUUCAAAAAAAGAAAAGUUCACCUUUAGGAAGACGUCAUUUAGAGUCAGGUCAGACAGAAAAAGACCGGCACAGUAUCAAUAGUUCGUUUGACCAUGGUGGCAGCUCUGAUAACACUCUUCCACCAGAAACGCCAACUUCAAAUCCGGUAGUGUGGGAGUCGAUGUCAGAACUACAUUAUAAACAGACUAGCAGUAAAGAUGAUAACGGGGCUGGAUGUUCCCAUCCUUCCCCCAACUUUGACUGCUCAAUCAAAAUUACCCGAGAGAGAAAUUCGAAUGUGCCGGUAUUGGUUAGGCGUGAUAAAAUAAUGAAUACAAUUGAGCCUAAAAGAAGACACGGUCGUCCACGAUCUUCAAACUAUAUGGAAUAUAUGUCAAGGAGUUUUGAUGGGGUGGAACGUGUGAAGAAAGAUCAGGUCUAUCGCCUCAGCGCUAGCCAUGAAUCCCUACUAGACCUAACUCUGCCCUGUCCCAGUUUUUCUGUAGGUUUAAGUGCCAGUGUUGAAAAUAUUCGGAGCAAAGUGGUCGAAGAUAAGGACUUGCAUCUUGACUCAAAUUGUGAUUUAGUAGGAAACCUAAGCUUCAGUAAAUGUGCCAGCCCCCUCCUGAAACAGAAAAGGAUGGAACGAUCAACAUCACCGGAAACGACAUGUCUCCCUCCAAUCUAAACUGGACUUGUGCGUUAGUAGCGCACAUACCUACUCGAGAUUACGCAUAUCCCGUGCGGCCUUUUUUAGAAUCGUCCGUGUGUUUGCGGAUUUACCUGUCAUCAUGUUUUCAGCUUGUGCGUUGGUUAAUCACACUCCUGCUCCAGUUUGAAUAUUUAUAUUUUCUGAACAAGAUCAGCCAGUCAUGUUAUUAGAAUUAUGAUAUUGAAAAUGUGCACAGACGUGGUUCUGGUGGACCAAAAUUGUGGUUGAAAAUAUUCAGAUAUGUCUUAACUGCCAUUUGUUGACUCUGAAUCUAAUGUAGAGUAAGUG